GCUAAUUUCGCAAGAGUGACACGGAUGAAGUUUGUCUCCUGCCAGGCGCCAUCCUCAGUACCCUUUCCCCUUUCCCUCUCUCCUAGCGAGAUUUCCCUUUAACUUUUACUGUUUUUACGUUUUAAAUCCAGUGCCUUUGGUUCGUCACCUUGUUAGUCUUCUUAGUUAUAUUCUGCGUGUAAGUGUCAUGAUGUUCACGUCCACCGGUUCGAGGGGUUUGUAUAAAGCACCCCUGUCCAAGAGCUUACUGCUGCUACCUACAGUCCUCACUGUGCUGCUGACUGUGCUUCUGCCUCAGUACCAGGAUCUGUUCAUAUACAACCUCCAGGCUGUCAGGCAGGGCAAGCAGUUCUGGAGGCUGGUUAGUGGACGGCUCAUCUGCUUGGACCUGAAAGACACUUUCUGCAGCAGUUUGCUUAUCUACAAUUUUCGUAUUUUUGAGAGAAGGUUUGGCAGCCACAAAUUUGCUUCCUUCCUCUUUGGAGCAUGGAUUCUCUCUGCUUUUGUGGACUUGCUGCUGACAGAGGCUCUUCGCUUCAUGUUUGAACUUAAAGUGGAUGUUCUUCCAGCUGGACUACUGGGCCCAGUCUUUGCUCUCUUUGUGCCUUUCUACAGCUCCAUCCCACGUGUUCAGGUCACUCAGCUCCUCGGCCACGUGUCAAUCACAAACAAGUCUCUGACGUACAUUGUGGGCGCACAGCUCCUGACCUCAAGUGCCUACAUGUGGGUGGUUGCUUGCAGUGGACUAAUCGCAGGCAUGUUGUAUUACAGUAAUAAGUUGGCAGUCCAGAAGUUCUUACGUGUGCCAGGAUGGGCAGCCAGAUGUGGUUCGGUGCUCCUAGAGCCGGUCUUCUCUGAUUCUGAGCCCACUGCAGAGGCUCCGCUGGGGAUGGGCGCUACUUUGGACAUCCAGAGACAGCAGAGGAUGGAUAUGCUGGACCAGCAACUGCUCCUGUCUCAGCUGGCACACCUCAGGAGAAAUGCACAGCAACAACAGGCUCAGCAGACAGGUCUCCUGAAUUGGAACAGAUUCUUCCCGACUCUAAGGCACAGAGGACAAAACCGGCACCACGAGGGUCCCCAGCCACAACAGCCCCCCUAUAUGCACCCGCCGGAUAACACAGCUGUGGCUGAGGAGCAGGUUGCAAGAUUAAUGGAGAUGGGCUUCUCAAGGAUGGAUGCCCAAGAGGCUCUCAGAGCAUCUAAUAAUGACAUUAACAUUGCGACAAACUUCUUGCUUCAGCACUAAGAUAAAAUAAAUCGAAGAUGACUGGGAGGACAAGGAGAAUGAGUUUUUUAACUUCUAUAAGAUCACUAAGUUGAAAGUACUUAAGAACACAACACUGGUGUCAUAACUACACCUGCUGGAAGAAGUUAAGAAUGCUGAUACACAACUCACAGGAGCUGAUCAUGUCACUUCCUUUCUGACUAGACUGUGUGGCACUCCUGCUGCUGUGUCUUGCAGUGCUACAAGGAGUUGACUUGCAGUUGCAACCCUCUCUGGUCCACAGGACAGAGCCAACAUGGUGGACAAUUAUACAUUGUGUCUCAGGGCUUGUGCCAUUUGGCAUCGUCCUUGAACCUACAUCGUCUAAUAAUUAAGAAUUCUAUAAUAUAUUGAUAAAUUAUUAAACCCUCUGUUGUUUUGCUAUAAAUAAACUGAAUAGAAGUCUGUUCAUCCAAAAAUGUUCUCAUGUUUUUCCUUAGCUAUGUGGUUUUUCAGUCUUCCAUGGAACACAAAAGACAGCUUGACAGGUUCUCGAAUCUCAUAAAACAGGAUAUGAGACUUGUGGCAGAGGCCAAAAUUUUAUUUCGGGUUUGUUCCUCAUACAAAAAAUGACUUUUGAUGCUUUUUUUGAUAGACAUCAAUUUGUUGUGUGGAAAAGAGCAGCCUGAACAUUCUUUAAAAUAUCCCUUAUAGUCACAGUAUUUUUGUGUUCAUAAGAAAAAGAAAGUCAUAUGGUUUUUGGAAUGACAUGAGAGUGAGUAAAUGAUGACAAAAUUAUUUUUGGGUGAAAUGUUUCUUUUUUUUUUGUGGUCAAAACGUAAAAGGGCUAGUUGUAUGGCAGUGUAUUUAAAGUACACCUGGAUUAAGUGGAUUAAUUUAAUCCAGAAUCAAAACUAAUGAAAGUUUGGGAAACUGAAAUUUUUAAUUAUUAUUUUAAAUUAAGCAGAAACACACAUUUUGUCAUUGUUAUUGUGUGACUUCGGUGUCUGAAAAGCCUAAAAAAAAGUACCAUGACUUUUAUAGUGGCAUGUUGAAAAAUAAACAAGUGGAACUUU